GGCGGACGCGAAGUUCUUACUUAAGGACCUCAGCGCCAUUUCCGGUCUGCUUACAAGAUGGCUGCGCCCAGUGGCGAUUUCCAACCUCGUGAGCGGCGUUUUGCAGUGCAGGAACAGGACUGGGAAACUGAGCCGCCUAAGAGGCCCCGGCUUGGGGCAGGAAGCAAGAGCGGAGGCCGUAGGCUCAUUGUGGUGCUGGAAGGGGCCAGUCUGGAGACAGUCAAGGUAGGGAAAACUUACGAGCUACUCAACUGUGACAAGCACAAGUCCAUGUUAUUGAAGAAUGGACGGGACCCAGGGGAAGUCAGACCAGACAUCACCCACCAGAGCUUACUGAUGCUGAUGGACAGCCCCCUGAACAGAGCUGGAUUGCUACAGGUUUAUAUCCACACACAGAAGAAUGUGCUGAUUGAAGUGAACCCCCAGACUCGGAUUCCUAGAACCUUUGACCGCUUUUGUGGCCUCAUGGUUCAGCUUUUACACAAACUCAGCGUCCGAGCAGCUGACGGCCCUCAGAAGCUUUUGAAGGUAAUUAAGAACCCAGUGUCUGACCACUUCCCAGUUGGCUGUAUGAAGAUUGGCACUUCCUUUUCUGUCACAGACGUCAGUGAUGUACGAGACUUGGUGCCCAGUAGUGACCCAGUUGUUUUCGUGGUGGGGGCGUUCGCCCAUGGCAAGGUCAAUGUGGAGUACACAGAAAAGAUGGUGUCCAUCAGCAACUACCCGCUCUCUGCUGCCCUCACCUGUGCUAAACUUACCACAGCUUUUGAGGAAGUUUGGGGCGUCAUUUGAGAAGAGCAGAGCCUGGUUUUCAAAGAGGACUCUUGAGUCUGUUGGCUCCUAAGCUGUGCUGGAAGAUAAUCUUCUGUAGCAAGACGGCUGAGCAGGGAGCCCACACUGUAUAUUAGUUAUUUGUUUUUUUCCUAUAAAGACUGUUUUGUUUUCAAA